AUGACUGCCGAGACUCAAAAUCCGAGCCAGGAAGAUACGGAAUUUCCCUGCUCCAUUGACAUCGAAAUCCCCUUCCACACCGAACGUCUCGCCGACGUAGCCCACAGGACACUCUCCGUCGACAAGGAGCUUUCCUCUCUUGUCAGGAGAUCUUUCUCUCUCAGAAACCAGCCGCAAGAAGGGUCCCAUGCCGCCGCCACCGUUCUGCACGUCCGGUACAAAGCAACGACGAAUCGCAUGCUACGAGUGGCUGUAAAUGCCUUCAUGGAGAGCUUGUACCUUGUCAUCGAGGUGAUGGAACAUCUGGAUGUUGACCCCGGCAAGAAGCAGGCGGCGAAGCAGGCUUAGGCGGUGGUAAUAAUGGGGUCGUCGCGAAUCGUUGAAGUAUCCGAGGCCACUGGAGUUCUGGGCAACACA